UAUUGACGGGACACCAAAUGAGUUUGCUCUUCACAAUACUAAAUGCGAUGAUCAGGAUGAUGAGGAGCUGGAUACUAUGAAAUUUGAAGGUGUGCUCUCACUUACGUCGCUUCGUGUGCAUGGAUGACAACCUCUGUCGCGCAAGGAGAAAGUGUAGUUCGAGGAACGGGUGAGGGACUUUCCGUGUGACUUUGGAUGGGGGGUAGUGGGUAUGCGUGGAUCGGUCGGGGAAAAAAAAACUGUUUACGCUCCGACCGGUCCACAAUUCAUGAGGCAAGUAUUAAAGGCAGGGUUCCUUCAAACCAGCUUCGCAUCUUACUCGCACGUCAUGAAGCCUAUUACCACAUUUCCAUUUAGUUACCUCCCAGUUGAGCUUGUCCUCAUCAUCCUCAGAUAUUACGCGCAACCCACCUUUGAUCAGACUGCUCCACAUUCCUCUAAAAGUCCAUAUUCUAAUGCACGCGCCCUCUGUCAUUUCUCCAGAGCUGUCAGGCGGGCGGUACUUCCAGAACUCCUCCAUACCAUAUGGCUUGGGGACGAUAUCACAGUGACAGUGUUCGUGCAUGCUCUACAUAUGCAACAAAUGUACGCGGAGAAAGCAAACCACCUCCGUUUCGACUACAUUCCCCAUGUGCACAAGAUCUGGAUCGGACCCCAUGGUGGCCGCGAUCUCUCACCUUACCGUUUGCGCCGCAUCCGGGCCUAUACACUGAUUGAGCGUCCGCUUGCCAUCAGCCUCCUCUCUCCGGUUCUACUCGCUGCACCAUCCAUUGCCCUUCACUGGACAAGUAUGGACCUUCUUGAAGGAUGUCUGGAACAUGCAUGGAAGUCCUGUGCAGCCACACAUGCCAACAACGAACAUUCCCCACCCCCCUGGAACACCCAAACCCUGAUCCUGUCGCAUGAGCCCCUCACCAGCGACGCACGGUGGGGGUGCCUCACGGACACUCCCCAGGGAUCUGCAUUCGUAGCAUCAAUCUCUCACCUCUCAACCACCACAUCCACCCUCUGGUCGAGGACAUCAUCCUACCGCAUGCCUCCGUGGAUGGAGGUCACUCCAUGGGCUUCUUUCAAAAGCCUUCAAAUUGUCUCACUGCCGUACUUGCUUGCUAUCGAACCCCUCGUUGAUAUCAGGCUGGUGAACAGACGUGAAAUCAACGUGCACGUCGAGCUGUUGACAUUGCCUGCAUCCCUGAUAAGGGACCACCGCGACUGUAUUCCCAAGUUGAUGAAUAAAAUAAAAAAGGCGUUGGAUCAGAGAAGUUUCGGAGAGGAGAUUAUUGGAUCAGAUGGUGUUCAUUUAAAGAAAGUUUGGGCAAGCAUGUUGUAAAGUGGACUUGGGGCGUUAU